AUGGCCUCUGAGUCAUACAAAGAAAGAGUGUAUUUGACCUUAGAAAAGAAAGUUAUGCUCAUAAGACAUGCCCAAAUCCAUACUGGCCACUCAUUACAAUUGCUGGAAGCAGGGUUUGGAUGUGGAAAGACACAGAUAGGCAAAAUACUAAAGAAUAAGUUCUCAAUUCGGGAUUUGUAUCAAUCUAAUGCAUCCAGUAGCUGGGUUUACUCCAUUGGUAAAUUUAAGCUUGCAACAUCAAAGAAUAUCCCUGUGGGAGGUCCACUGCUUAUUGAGAAAGCUAAAAUGAUAGCAAAUGCGUUGGGCAAGUUCAAUUUCAAAGGAUCACAGGGAUGGCUUGAGAAAUGGAAAGAGAUUUGCUAUCAAGCAGUUCAAUUGUUGUAG